UGGCGAUCUGAGUCUGUUGCUUGUGCGCGAGGUUUGCCUGCCCAUCUCGAUCUUGCUCCCGGAUGUUGGACUUCUGAGGAGCGGAUCGCAUCGCAUCGCUGUGGGAUUUGCGAUGGCGCAAUCUCCGAAUUGCGCUGCACGGGGCGGCACGGAGCGAUGAGAUGCGCGAUGGGUGCAGGAGGCGAGGUUGCGGAGGAAUCGUUCGAGGGCCGAGGCCAAUUGGGUUGGGGUGGCAGUAUUUUCGGUGGAAUCAAUCGGUGAUUUCUGCAGGGCCAGCGAGCGGUCGGAGAGCGCAGGAACAGGAGCUUUAAUUGGGGCUCGUGGAGUUGUGGAGCACAUAGACCUAAGGGCCGGGCUCAGAAUGAAGUGGUAGGAACCUGAUUACAGAAACGGGUCUCAAUGGCGGAAGCUCCAAGAGGAGGAAACAGGAAGGAGACAUCAGUAGUUGUACUAGAGUUGGACUCUGGUGAUUUUAUAAUUGUCGUCAAUUUAUCCACACGCAGUGAUACCCAAAUCAUAGCUGUAGACCCUACUACAGGAGCUCUGUGUUAUACUGGAACGCCGGGGUUGGAUGUGUUUACUUCUGAACACGAUGCUUGGCGCUACAUGAAGUCUCGUGGCAUGCCCAGCACCAGCAAACCUCCUGUUAGAGCAAGAGCUAUAAUUGGUUAUGCACCUCUAGGAAGUGUUGGGCUCCUGUUGGUUGCCACAAGAGUCAAGCAAUCUAUACCGGAGCUACCUGGUGGAGAUACUGUAUUUACAGUGAUGGAGAGUCAGUGGAUAAAAAUACCUCUUAAUAACUCACAAUUUCAGUCCAAAUCGGAAGCUGCCCGUGCUGGAGAAUUGGCGGGGUUCAAUAUCGACGGCUUACACUAUUACUGUGAAACGCGGGAUAUUACGAGGCAUUUUCCGAGCAGUGAACCUGUUGAGAACCCAGACAGGGAGUUUGUUUGGAAUUGUUGGUUGUCUGCUCCUUUCAGGUCGCUAGGCCUACAAAAUCACUGUGUCGUUCUUUUACAGGGUUUUGCUGAAGUGAGGACAUUUGCCGAGUCACGAGAUCUCCCAGUGACGGUUGCUGUGACUGCACGAAGAAGCAGGUUACAUCCAGGAACUCGAUACCUAGCACGUGGACUGAAUGCUACUUUUAGCACAGGGAAUGAAGUCGAAUGUGAGCAACUUGUUUGGCCUUCGAAAGUUACCCCGGGUCGACCCCAUCCCUUUAGCUCUUAUUUGUGGCGAAGGGGAACAGUUCCAAUAUGGUGGGGCGCUGAAAUAAAAUCCACCGUUGCAGAGGCAGAAAUCUAUGUUGCAGAAACUGAUCCCUACUUAGGGUCGGGAAAGUAUUAUAGAAGACUUGCCCGUAGAUACAGAAGUACUCUAGGUAAAUGUAAUGGGGAAAAACUAGACGAUCAAAGCCCGAACCCACUCAUUGUGUGCGUAAAUCUGCUGAGGAAUGCUGUCGGGAAACCUGAGACAGUUUUGGCCACACAUUUCAAGGAGGCUGUGAAGUACGUAAAUUCUAGAAAUGAGGUUCCAGAUGCUAAGCUUUGUCUCAUGGACUAUGAUUGGCAUGCUGAAACAAAGGCCAUAGGAGAGCCUAACACGGUGACUGGAUUGUGGGGGCGACUGAAAAACCCUACGAUCGCUAUUGGAUUUGGAAUGGGUGAGUACUACCCUUCUUCAAGUGAAAAGUCCGGCAGUGGUAUCAUACCAAACAAGGGAUGUCAGGGUGGAGAAUAUAUACUUUCUUCAAAACAAGAUGGAGUAAUACGUUUUAACUGUGCAGACUCACUAGAUCGCACUAAUGCAGCUAGCUUUUUUGGAGCUGUCCAAGUGUUGGUUGAACAAUGCCGCAGGCUCGGGUUACCCAUUGACUCUGGGAAGUACAGCAGUCCUAGUAUUUCAGCGAACGGACGAGCUGGAGAAAGGGACAGGGAGUCUGCAAGAGGACCUCGGGGGACUCUCCCACCCGGUUGGGAAAUGCGCAGUGAUGCAGUUACAGGCCAGGUGUUUUACAUUGAUCACAAUACAAAAACAACUACCUGGAAUCAUCCUUGUCCAGAUGAGCCGUGGCGACGUUUUAUUAUGACUGUUGAAGAGUUUCGAGACGCAACUUUACCAUCUCCGAUAGCAGCAAUGGCCGAGCUCUUCCUUCUUGCUGGUGACAUUCAUGCCAUGCUGUACACAGGAUCGAAGGCCAUGCAUAGUCAUAUCAUUAAUAUAUUCAGUGAUGAGGUGGGCAAGGGUAAGCGAAGUGCUGCGACAAAUAUGGCUAUAACUCUGCAGAGAAGAUUUUUGAAUGUUUUGAUGGACAGUUCUCGCCAAAAGCAGCUGGAAAUGUUCUUAGGAUAUCGCCUGUACAAAUACUUCCCGACCUUGCCGGGCAGGCCUUUGCAGGUGCUGACGAGGCCACAAUCAUGCCUUUUAAACGAUAUCCCAAAUAUGUUCGCAACUCCAAAUUCCCAGAGUUUCCUGCAGAGCUCCAGUUCCAGAGAUUCAGCAUGGGUAUGCCCUGCAGGUGCAGAUUCAGUGCAGCUCUUGAUCUACUUGGCGGAGCCUUGUCACGUGUGUCAAAUCUUACUGACAGUGGCACAUGGAACUGACGAUACUACAUCCCCUGGUUCUUUUGAUGUUUCCACGGGACGAACUCUUGAGGAUCUUAAGGUUGUGUUGGAGGGAAGUAAAGUACCUAAAUGUGCUCAUGGUACUCUAUUGACAUAUCCUCUGCCGGGUGCAAUGGACCCCGAAGAGGUUGCUAUUACUGGGUCGGGCGCUGGAGAACAAGCUUUUUCUUGGCUCUAUGAUUUUGAAGAGCAGGAGGGAGAGAUUGACUUCUUGACCCGCUUGGUAGAGAUCAAGUUCUACCCUGCAACUCCAGGCACUCCUAUGACUCUUGGUCAGGUGGAGGUUCUGGGAGCCUCUGUUUUGUGGCCUCCCGUCUUGAGAGAAUUUGACCUUUCCCUAAAAACAGUCCCCCCAAAUCCGAAGCCUCCACAGUUUUCUGAGCAAUCCCGAAGUAUGACUCUUCCAAACAUUGAUUUGCUGUCAUUGGAGUCGACUACUAUGACGAGCUCUAGUUUCAUAGAUCCUUCCCCGAUGACGAGAUCCUAUUCCACACCUAACACUGCUGCCUCUCAGGUAUUUGACUUGUUGACUGGAGAAUUUAUCCCCGAAAUGCCCUCACCUGAACAAGGUAGCGAACUUUCGACAUUUAAAAACAUUAAUGGCAUGAACAACAAAGAAUCAAGCCACAAAGGAAGGAACCCAGAGGGAUGGAAUCCUUUUGUAACCGAUUCACCUGUUACAGCAACCAACGUAAUGAAGAAUGUACAAAAGGCACCUAAACCUUCAAGGUCAUCUUCGCAGGCGGAUCCCGUCGCAGAAGUUUAUCUCGACUUACUCAAAGCACUGUGUGGAAAAGUACCCGGGAAGUCGAUAACUUUCGAAGAAGGCAUGGAGUUGGAAAUAGCUCGCCUGCAUUUGGGUCUAUCUGCUGCUGGAAGAGAUCGAGCACUGGUCUCCAUAGGUCGUGAUCCUGCAACAAUUGAUCCUAACAGACUAAUCACCACCGGAUCGAUGGCACAGGUAAAGCAGGCAGCAUCACAGCUGGCAACGAUAUCUGAGAUCGAUACCGAAGACAGAGAUCUUUCUUCACUUGGCUUCGAGGAAACAAUUUCGGAACCAGACGAGAUCAUGGAAAACCUUCACUGUCUUCGUAUUGGUUGUUUGUCAUCUAUGUGCGGAGUUGCGUUCUCAAACGGGAAUGGAACGUUUCGAUACUUCGAGAGACUUGCUAAAUCUAGUGACUUUCUAGGCACCUGUGCUAUGUGCAAACGGAGGGUUUGUGCAGCUUGUCAUGCCGGCAAAGGUAGUGCGCUCUUACAUUUUAAUGGCCCAAAUCCACCCGGUAGUGUUGCAGGCAGUGGCAACUCAAAACCUGCACGUGGUCCCACGGCUGUCGAUGCAGUAGUCUGCAAAAAAUGCUGCGUACCAUUUGUAAGAGAUGUGAUCCUGUUGGAGCGCGUAAAAUCAGUGCUAGCUGCAAGAAGAAGGUCAAGAGUCAACGAUGCUUGUACAACUGCUCUACAGGGACUUGCCGGAUCGUUGUCUACUGAUGGCAAGGGAGGCUCCAGAGAGUCAGUACUCGAAAUUUGUCCUGAAGGAGAAGUAUCACUUGCAGACUUUCCCCAGGCAGGGGUCAUCUCAUCAGUCCCAUCUGCAAAUGAAUCAGAACCAGUCCAUUCGCUCCUUGUGAGCCGGAACGAGGCGUCUACAUCAUUUUGGAGAGCACCUUCUGGUAUUCAUAUUGUUGAGCUGACUGUUGUGUUAAAUAGCCUCUCUAUCGUCUCCAGCAUCAUGUUGAUGACGAAACUCGGUGGCUAUACAGUCAAGGAUGCUCCUAUGGUCGACCUCUGGGGUGGCACUUUAGCUGAUGAAUCAGCGCGCACUUACCUUGGUCGGUUUGAUGUGAAAGCUGAAAUUAGUAAACCACGUUCACCAAGAUCGUUACCACCGGAUUUCCUCCGAUACAAGCUCCGUCACGAAGUAACUUGCAGAAUUAUAUGGAUCAAAUUUAGUCUCCCAUCUUCGAGCGUAUCGUCAAAUUCGAAUUUGGGUCCAGGCCCUUCAGCAGUGAUGGAUCUUCUAAGCUUCGAUACUGCACCGGCGCAAGACUCCAGUGUAACUGGACCGUUGAGUAAAACCAGCUCAGACUCUUCUGGGAGUUCUGUAUACAUUCAUGCCAAGAGAAUUAUGAUUAUAGGGCAGCCGAUUCCCGAGGAUUUGGAUACGCGAUUCAUGACACCGAAUGACAGACAAUCUCUCAGGGCUUUCCUGGAUCUACCACCAAAGUUGAGCAGACUAAGGGUGCAAGUUGAUAUGGAGCGAACAAAGUCAGGUGGACGUGUUGUAGAGCAACUUGUGAACCCGCAGGCUUUAAAUGUUGCUGGCUUUCGGCUAGAUGCAUUUGCGGCUGUGAAGAAUAUAGCCAAGUACAAUCCAACUUGGGCCGAGAAAAGCCUAGUGAAUCGAGCACUGGGAGGUGCGGUAGAUGAGCUGAUAACGAAUCUACCAACCUUGCGAAUUCGAAUUUCUGCCAUUCAAGAAACGAAUCAACCAGUAUUUGUUGGAGAUUACUUACUACCUAUCGCCAAGGGAGGGACUCCUCUGUAUUUUGAUUUCGGGCAUCCUAUCAUGGCAAGGGGAUUGGUCUUUGAGCUUUUGGGUAACAUAUCAGCCUUGCUUGACGAAGAGUCAAAUCAGACAGACGCGGAUGGAAAGGAUUACCCUCUACCCAGCAGUUUGUCUUUAGUAAAUAGGAUUCGGAUUUAUCGAUACGCGUUGGGUUCGGAGCUUGGAAAGUGGCCACAGCUGAAUGCUGUGUGAAUUGUUGGGUUCGAUCUGCUUCAAGGGAAGCUUCCAUAUGCCAUCAAAGGGGCUACUUUUUCUUUCAGAUCUGUUUGUGGCAGAGAAAAAGGUGUGGGUUUCUCCAGCCGGGCCUUACAGUGUGGACAGACAGAAGUGGAGGUGUGGUUCAUGGAGGAUAGGCCGUCCUGCCAUCUGAAGUUAACCUUCUCCCAACCGCUGUGUUUGAACUUCGUGGAAACCGAGAUGCUUAAAUUUCCAUCUGCGAUUUGUAGAAUCAUACAUCACGCUACCAUCGAUGAUGUUACCAUCAAUGGCCGUGAUCCUCCUGACAGAAGUCAGACAAGUGUCUCUGGAGCGUCAGGUGAAUUCGUCGAUUUCGAGCUAACUCCUGUGCAGUACUUUCGCCCAGCUGCAAUUCUUUUGUUUAUUGAGCUACUUCAGCACCAAUUAGACCGACCUGAGUACUCGACUUGUUCGAGAUUAUGUACGAUUGCUGAACAUUCAGUCAGUAGAGUCCCUUGAUUCCCUUGCCCGUCGGGCUUUGUUAUGGGAGUUUUCGGGACUCUCCUUACCGCCACCUAGAGAAUCUCCUUACAGAUUUGUAUACUUAGAUAGCGUUUGGAAACGAGUAGAGCCCGUUUCCAGUUACUUAGAAUCGCAUAUAUCCACUGCCCGAAGUACGAAACUUCUGGCAAGCUGAGCUCCGUAUAGUUAAUGAAAAGAAUUUUCGGCAAGCCGUGUAGAGUAAAAAGUACGCGUGGCACUGGAGAACUGCAUCCUCAUUUGAGAGCGAACAAGAAGAUUUGUAAUUUGAGAGCUCACCUCUCCGGCUUUCUGCCUUCUGCUCUUCCUGGACCCCUGGAAUCGGGGGUUCUGUCGUGUACGACAAGGCUGACAACGAUCAAUGAGGGUUAUCUUCUGGACACGCUGUAAGGUGUACACCUGAAGCACAACUUUGCCGUCACUAUCCCGGCAGUCAUCAGUGUUUCCGCGUGGUGCAUUCCCUUGGUCGUGUCCAACGUCGACCAGGCUGACGUGAUUUUGCCAUGACCACGUGUAUUGAGUCCAGGAUCGUCAUGUAUGUGUCAGAAAGCUUGGUUCAAGCCACCAUUUCUUAUGAAGUUCUAUAUCAACAAAAUGGAUUUAGAGUGCCAUUUCAGUUCGGUUGGGAUGAUAAUGAAAACUCUUAUGGGUCUAUAUGAGAACAGCAUCUCGGCUCUCUUAUCAAUUCUCAGUCCGAUGUACGUCCGUCAAAUGCAAUGAGCUGGAUAAGUGGAAGGUCAAAAAGGUAGAGACCGAAACCCCGUCACAUGUAGCCUUUUGCGGCGGUCCUCGCCCGGUAGCCUGUACAAAACGCAUUCUAAAGCGCAUGGAGUCCUGGGCGAACCGUAUGCGUCGUACACGGAUUGCAGAACCAGACCAUGUCGCGCGUCGUGAGGUCAUCCGCUGGAAGUAGUCUAGUGUACAACUCGAAGGUCUCGGGGUCAUAGGGUCAAUGAACGUAUGAAUGUCAACUCCGAUCGACUUUGGCGUCGUACGAGAUGUUGUGUCUGAGCGUCUGAGAAAGUCUACGGAACUCAUGCCACCAACUUCGACCUUCGUGUGUGUU